AAUUCGUGCAACUACUGGUGAACGACUUGCUGAAUCCUGCUCAAACAAGACAAGAACAGGUCCAAACAAAAACUGUAUUGUGGAGCAAUGAAGGUUUAUCAAGGUGUUUUGCUGCUCUUGAGUUGCCAGAUCCUUUACACUCUGGCUUUAGAUUGUACCAUAAUGAAUGGUAACCUGAAGCAGAUUGACGCUGGGUCUGGUUCAGUGGUUGGAGUGAACGAUCUAAAUCAAGCGUUUGUGCUGCAAGAUGAUGUCUUCAAUCUGGUCAGCAGAUCUCUAAAGCACUUCAGUGUUGGUCCUGCUGGUCAGCUGGGGGUUAACAAAACCUACUACAUCUUCAAAUUGAUGAGUGGCAGAUUUGUUGGGUUUCCAGGUCUUCUCAAGCAGGUGGAUGCUGGAGGUGAUCAGAUCAUUGCAGGCGUCAAUAUGAAUGAUGACAUCUUUUGUUUAAACAUGGACGCUAGCAACCAUUGGCCAUCCAGCACCACUCCUUGGGUUACCCUUAAUGGAAAGCUGAAGUAUUACAGCUGUGGCCCUUACAGCUGCUGGGGUGUGAACUCUGAUGACCAUAUCUUUAUCAUGAAGGGUGUGUCCAGUAAUGCCUGUUCUGGGGAUGGGACUUUUGUAAAUAUUCCUGGCCUUUUGUCCAUGAUUGAAGUAGGAACGGAUGGCAGUGUCUUUGGUGUCAACUACGAAGCAAAACUAUUCCAAAGAGUUGGUGUGAGUCGGUCUAACCCUGCUGGCACAGACUGGAUCUCAAUGAUUGCCUGUCCCAAUGGUCACAAACACGUUUCCUUUGACCUGGGAGUGCUGUGGGUUGUCUGUGUUGAUGGCUCCAUCCGUAAAUGUACUCUAUAAUCUGAAUCAUCAGAAACUCCUUCAUUAAUGAAAACCCUAAAGAAAUCAUUAACAGACAAAUAAAAGCUUAAUCUUA